AUGAAGGUGGGACGAGUUCAUGCUGAGAGAAUUCGUGUCCAACUUGGUUUUGAAGGUUUAUUUUAUGUUGACAGCAGCGAUUUGAGUGGUGGUAUAGCAUUGUUAUGGAGAGAGAAUAAUACGGCAAGGCUCCUCAGUUACUCAAAGAACUAUGUUGAUGUUGAGGUAACUAUAGCUGGUUUUCUAGCUUGCAUGAGAAGUGGGGGGAAUCCGCAUCCGAAUAGCCUCCUUCACGGUUUUGGGGAUGCUAUUGAGGAUUGUGGUCUUGCCCAAAUGCCUAUGGAUGGAUAUCAAUAUACUUGGGAGAAUGGGAAGGGGACUGUUGAUUUGCUUGAGGAGAGACGUGAUAAGGUCUUGGUAACAAAUGAGUGGCGCAAUAUCGUGGUCGGAGCCAGAGUAACAAAUUUGGCAACCCGCAAGUCUGAUCACUCGGCCCUCUUUCUGGGAAUCCAUGAAUCCUUAGGGAGGGGUGGAGCUGGAAGGAGGGGGUUUCGUUUUGAGAUAGGAUGGCUGUAUGAUGAGGGGUGUAGAGGGGUGGUGGAACAGUCUUGGCAAGAAGGAAGGGGUCAGGGCUUGCAAAGUUGUAUUGAGUACUGUGGUGCCCGGUUAACACGAUGGGGUGGAGAUCGGUACCACAAGUAUGGGGAGCAGAUUCUACACCUAAAAAAGGAACAACAGCGUUACAGGGGUUGCACUGAUCCGGCCUCACUCGCAGAGUUCCAGCGUUUGGAACAACUCCUGAGCCACACUAAGACACAGGAGGAUGCCUACUGGAGACAGAGAGCCAAGCAACAUUGGCUGAAAGGGGCUGAUGCCAACACGAAAUUCUUUCACAGGUACGCUUCUCAUCGUAAAAAGAAGAAUACUUUAUCUAUGCUUAUGAAUGAUAACGGGGAUUGGGUGGAGGGGGAGGCUAUGAAGGGGAAAAAUACUCCAGAGUUGGUUACCGAUUUAAGGCCUAUAGCUCUCAGUAAUGUGGUGUACAGGAUUAUGGCCAAGGUGAUAACUAAUAGAAUGAAGCCUCUUAUGGAUGAAAUUAUAUCAGAAUCACAGAGUGCUUUUAUCCCGGAUAGACUAAUAACUGACAAUAUUUUAUUGGCUGCGGAGGUGGGACAUUUUUUGAAAAGGAAACAGUGUGGAACGGUGGGUUGGAGUGCUCUUAAGCUAGACAUGACAAAAGCCUAUGAUCGGAUGGAGUGGCCUUUCCUUCGCAACAUGAUGUUGGCCCUGGGCUUUGAUGCUAGAUGGGUGGAAUUAAUUAUGGUGUGUGUGAUUACAGUCUCAUACAAUUUCUUAGUGAAUGGCUCUCGUAGUGACCCCAUUGUUCCCACGCGUGGUCUAAGGCAGGGGAUGCUUUGUCCCCUUAUCUAUGAUAGUCUUUUGUUUUUUAAAGCAAAUAUGGAGGAAGCCAAUGAGAUAAAGAAGUGUAUGUCCGUUUAUGAAAAUUUAUCUGGGCAAGUGGUUAAUUACCACAAGUCUAACAUAUGCUACAGUAGGAAUACGAGUGACGCUGAUAAAGAAAAUGUUGCCCAGGUUUUGGCAGUGGUACAGGCUCCUAAUUUUGGGAAAUAUUUGGGACUCCCCUCUUUUGUUGGAAGAAAUAAGAAGGCAGCUUUCUCAUAUAUUGAGGAUAAGAUUCGUCAGAGGAUUGGUUCGUGGAAUAAGAGAUUACUAUCACAGGCAGCCAAGAGUUUAAUUUGCAGCGGAGUAAGACGCAGAAUUGGGAAUGGAAAGUCUACGCUCAUAUGGGCUCACCCAUGGCUACAGGAUGAUCAGGAACCCAUGAUACAGACUGAAAUGCCAAUACAAUUGGCAGGGGCCAAAGUAGUGGGAUUGAUUGAUCAGGAAUCUGGGACAUGGGACCACCCAAUUCUAACUGAUUUAUUCCAACCUAGUGAUGUGGCAAAUAUUCAAAGAAUACCUGUUUCUCCGGAUUAUGAUGAUACUUGGUAUUGGCAUGGAGAUAUGAGAGGAAUUUAUUUUGUGAAAAGUGGGUACAGGCUAAUUGUUGGAAAUUAUGAGAGUAAUGUUGGGUCUUUCACAAAGUGGUUAACCCUAUGGAAGCUCAAAAUCCCCCCCAAAUGGAGAAUGUUUCUUUGGAGAGCCAUUAGUGAUAUACUACCUACCACUACUAACUUGCUUAUAAAGAGGGUGGAUGCGAAUCCACAAUGUGCCAUGUGUGGAAUAAUUCAAGAGGAUACUAUGCAUGCCUUAGUGCUGUGUGAUUUUGCAAGAAACAUAUGGGAACAAUCCAACCUUCCAAUGCCUAAUAUUGUGACGAAUAUUUUUCAUGUUUGGAUUAAUGAAACGGAAAUGGAAAAUGGAAUGCAGUGUGAACUAAAGGAGCAAUAUAAGAUGAAGAAGGAAAUGAAGAAUCAUUCUGGUCUUCCAUUCACAGACCCAUGUUUCCGAGAUCUGCAGACCAGGGGAAGAAAAACCAAUAAGAAGGAUGAAGAAGAAGGAAGAAGAAGGAAAUGA